AUGGAUAUCCACUGCAACGUGACCUCACUGGAGGCCCAGGCACAGAUUAACACCACCAUCUACCACCUGGUGAAGAUGGUCACCAUGUGUGUGAGCUGCAGCUUGAACACUGUACUCAGUGUUCCUUUACUCCUGGUCAUCAUGCGCUCGCCGUCCCUCCUAAGACACACUCGCUUCCUGCUCCUCACACACCUCCUUUUGUGUGUCAACCUCCAGCAGCUCAUCUGGACCAUCCAAGCAGUUCUCCUAAAUUCCAGUGGAGGUAUACCUGUGACCCAGUGUUUCAUCUUCUGUGCUUCUAUCCAGGCCUGCUCAUUGGUGGACCUCUUCCUGAGCACAGCUCUGUCGGUGGACCGAUUUGUCGCUGUCAAGUGGCCCCUGCGCUAUGAAUUCUUGAUGUGCCCUCACAGGAAGAGAGCAACUGUUGCAGCCAUAUGGACCUUAUCAGCUGUGCUCUGCGGUGUGUCUUUGGGCAUGAGCCUCAACACCGUGCAGGUCAAUUUUACCAUUCCCCGCUGUCGACCUCUUAUCCUUUCACCCUGCCUGUCAGGGACAUCAGCUCUGGUUCUUUACUGCACUGUGGGGACUGCUGUGGUGGUGCCUCUCUGCUCUCUGACCAUUCUGGGAUGCUUCUGCUUGCUCUGCUGGGACAUGCACACAGGACUGCUCUGCACCAAGAGAGGCUGUGUAACUCUGACCCUCCAGGCAGCUCAGACCAUACUCUUUUCUGUUCCUUUUGUCAUGGACAGCUACCUGCUCCCUGCCUACCUGCACAGUGAUGCUCUCGAUAUAGCAGCCACCAUCACCUACAACCUCGGGGUGUCACUCAUCCCUCUGGUGUAUGGCUACCGCUCACGGGAGCUGCAGGAAAGGAUCCAACAGGCUGCACACAAGAACAAAGUCAACAAUCGAAAUUAG